CGACACUUCUGCUGUUGCUUCUCCAGCGUCAGGACAAGACAGACACAUCCAGCAAAAAUGGCACCAAAGAAGGCAGCACCGCGUGUGCAGGAAAAUGUUCAGCUCGGCCCACAGGUCCGCGAGGGCGAGCUCGUCUUCGGCGUCGCACGUAUCUUCGCCUCCUUCAACGACACCUUCGUCCACGUCACCGAUCUUUCUGGCCGCGAAACCAUCAGCCGUGUCACCGGUGGUAUGAAGGUCAAGGCCGACCGUGACGAGUCCUCUCCAUACGCUGCCAUGUUGGCUGCCCAGGACGUCGCUACCCGCUGCAAGGAGUUGGGCAUCACUGCCCUCCACGUCAAGAUCCGCGCUACCGGUGGCAACGGUACCAAGACCCCAGGUCCAGGUGCCCAGUCCGCUCUUCGUGCCCUCGCCCGUUCUGGCAUGAAGAUCGGCCGUAUUGAGGAUGUCACCCCAACCCCAUCCGACUCUACUCGGAGAAAGGGUGGUCGCCGUGGUCGUCGUCUGUGAGCGCUUUGCAUAUUAUUUGCAUGCGAUCUCGCAGCUCUUGCAUGGGACAUGGCUACGAGCAUCAUGAACAGAAAAAGGCCCAUUUGCUGGAUGUGACGCUAUCGCGGAGGACGGCAUUAAUCGCCUGGUCUCCAUGUGUGAUUUCCAUAGUCACGCAUUAUGAAAGCAAUACCUGAUUCUGGCGAA